AAAGGACAAAAGAGAAAUUGAUGGAUGUUGCUGCCCCAAAGUCUGACACUGACAGAGAGAAGGAAAGGUCUCAUCAGAGCAGGGAAGGCGCAAGGUCUCAAUGAAGUGAUUGCCAUCACACAAUCAUAUCAAAUCCAAUCAAUGAAAGAAAAAAAGAAAAGGGAGCCUUAGGAGAAGGAGUGGUUUCUUCUUUUCAUUUGGAGAGUAUUUUCCGUGUUCUGUAGCCAUAGGAGAAGAGAACGCAUUUUUCUCACCUAGUUUAGAGGUUGCAGGUUGUUAAGAUGAUCAAGAGUCCAGAAGCAAGGGUUGAUAAAUUCACAUGGAAGAUUGAGAACUUCUCUAAAUUGGACUCCAGAACUUCUCUGAAUUUCAAGAAGCUGUUUUACUCUCAAAAUUUCUUCCUAUGUGGCCAUCCAUGGUGGAUUUGUAUCUAUCCAAUGGGGGAAAAUGUGGACUACUUCAAAAUAUAUUUGGAUGUCGAUAGUUUGCCUCGUGGCUGGAGUGAAUUUGCAGAUUUCACAUUGGCUCUAAUUAAUCAGACCAAUCACAAAAUGACGAUAAGAUAUGAAGCUAAACAUGAUUUCACAGAGGCAGGGUACCUUUACGGUUAUUCCAAGUUCAUAACAUUCAGUGAACUCCGUGACCCUAUUGGUGGAUUUAUUGUGAAUGAUAUUUGUGUAAUUGAAGCUGAGAUUACUGUUUGCAACUCAGAAGAACAUGAUCAGAGUCAACUCAAUAAUUCUUUACCUGAGCAAAUUUCCUCAUCAUCACAGCGUGAUCUUGUGGAUUUCAAGGGUUUAGUGAAAAUAGAAAAGGCUUUUGUUCCAUUACUAGAGGAAGUAUGUUCAUGGCAUCCCUCACUUGUUGAAUUCCUGAAGAAGAGAAGUCGUACACAUAUGUUUAACGAAUGGGCAUUUACUGCUUUGGGUCGAGUUCUACAUUUUCUAAAGAAUAAAAAGGUGAAAGAUAUGAAUGAUGAUGCUUGUAAUCAUCUUCAAAUUUUAUGGGAAGAACUUGAGGCAUUUAGGUUUGAUCUUUCCUGGCUGAAACCUCAUGUUCAGUUUGCCUUAGAUAUUAAAAGUUAUCAUGAGAGAGCUGUGCAUGUGAAGAAGUUGAGGAAGAAUGUAGAUAUUCUUGAAGCAAAUCUUAAAAUAGCAAGAAGAGAGUUGGUUAAAGCUGAAGAAGGCUUCGAAGAGAGGGAUCUCAAUGCUGAACUUGGAUAUGGAAAACCAUAGUCUGUUACUUAUUGGAUGAUAAUUUUAUUUACAACUUUGAUGUCGUCAUACUCUUUCUCAACUAUCUCCAUUCCAUCUAUUAUUCCUUGUCUUUUUUUUUUUCUUAUCAUGUCACUCAUCACAACUCAUAUUGCUCUGUUUAUUCUCACUUUUGGUGUGAGUGUCCACUAAGUAUGAACAUACCUAACCUAUAAUUCAAUUGCUUAUUGAUGCAUAACUACAGUACUAUUGUUCCAAAA